CACAAUUCUUGCCCCCUUCCCUUUCAGCCUCCGGCGCGGGGGAGGCUCCGCAGACCUGCUGACCGGGAACCGCUAUGGCAGCGACUCUGGGCAGCGGGGAGCGCUGGACAGAAGCGUACAUUGAUGCAAUUAGAAGAAAUAAAUACUCAGAAGACAGAUCUUCUGAAAAUCAUGACCCCUGUGGCUGCUGUAACUGCAUGAAGGCACCAAAGGAAAAGAAAUCUGAGAAUGAGUGGAGUCAAACCCGGCAGGGGGAGGGUACAGCCACUUACACAGAGGAGCAGCUGCUUGGCGUACAAAGGAUCAAGAAAUGCAGAAAUUACUACGAAAUUCUGGGAGUGACACGGAAUGCCAGUGAUGAAGAGCUUAAGAAAGCUUACCGCAAACUCGCCCUGAAGUUCCACCCCGACAAGAACUGUGCUCCUGGAGCAACAGAUGCUUUCAAAGCAAUAGGAAAUGCCUUUGCUGUCCUGAGCAAUCCUGACAAGAGAAUGCGCUAUGAUGAGUAUGGCGACGAGCAGGUGACUUUCACUGCCCCCCGAGCGAGACCACAGAAUUAUUACAGGGACUUCGAGGCAGACAUCACCCCAGAAGAGCUGUUCAACGUCUUUUUCGGAGGACAUUUUCCUACAGGAAAUAUUCAUAUGUUUUCAAAUGUGACAGAUGACACCCACUAUUACCACCGGCGGCACCGACAUGAUAAGAUGCCGACUCGGAAGGAAGAGGAAGAAGAUAAACCUCAGACUACAUAUUCUGCAUUUAUUCAAUUACUUCCAAUUCUGGUGAUUGUUAUUAUAUCUGUCAUUACUCAGCUGCUGGCUACUAAUCCCCCGUAUAGUCUGUUCUAUAAAUCGAGCUUGGGCUACACUAUUUCUAGAGAAACCCAGAACCUGCAGGUGCCUUACUUUGUGGAUAAAAAUUUUGACAAGACCUACCGAGGAUCGGCUCUGCAUGACCUGGAGAAGGCCAUAGAGAAGGAUUACAUUGAUUACAUCCAGACGAGCUGUUGGAAGGAGAAACAGCAAAAGUCGGAGCUGACAAAUUUGGCAAGCUUGUACAGAGAUGAACGGCUGAAACAGAAAGCAGAUUCGCUGAAACUGGAAAACUGUGAUAAACUUUCCAAAAUCAUUGGCCUCCUCAGAGGUGGCUGAGAGGAUGAGUCUUACAACAGGGUUGGGUUUUUUUUUUUUGCUACUCGUUACUAUUUAUGUUCCUAACUCCAUUUUAUAAUACAAAAUUAGGACAUGUGGCGAGCAUCUUACAAUGUGCUAACUGUGGUGGGCAGGGUUGAUGGCAGCGCUUGAGCAUGGAGUCAGAUUUGUCAUCACAAAUCCUUCCUGGGGGCUGGUGCCAGGCUCCAGGAACAGCCCAUCUGAAUUAAAUUGAUGACAAAGUGACAGAUCAGUGCCCCUGCUCCAGGCCUCUCUGCUCCCGGAAUAUCCCUGAUAGAUAUGUGUUUCUUCCUUCUGCUUCAGUUAAGUCCCAGUAUUCUGUUAGCCUUCGACUUAGCCAAAGCAGUAUGACCUUAGUUUUUUACACUGUAACCACGAAUUUUACCUCUCCCCUCAUCACCAUCACGCAGCUCCGCGGGAAUUCAGUCUUUGGAACAUGUUCUGAAUUAAGCUUUCCAUUUUCUAAGGAAGUGGAAAUGUAUUUUGGAAAAAAAAAAGUAAAUUGUCGUCAGUAAUUUUCUAUCUGCCUAAUAGCUAUUUAGAGUUCCUAGCAUUAGGGAUCUGCCAGGUUUGAUGUCCUUGCCCGCCCUGUCUUGUCAAGGGUCCAGAAAUGAAGCGCUCUGGAGUAAAAACAGCUCAGUAGCCCCUUUAGCAGCAGGAAGCAGGGGCGAAGGUUAAGGUUGGAGGUAAGUGCGGUCACUGAGUCUCAGCUGC